ACUACAAACAUCUUUUUGAAACAGAGUGAUUAUAAAAAAAUUGUCAACUUCAUUAAGUAGUAAUCUUGGAUCAAAUCUCCUAUUACUACUACUAUAAUAGGAGUAUAAUAAUUGUAGAAUUCUUUUAGAGAUCUGUGCAUCUGGUUAUUCACCAUUUUAUAGUCUGCUUCUUGGGUGUCAUUUUCAUUUGCCACAGUACAAUUCAAUUAUAUUGUCUUUUUUCUUGUCUCAUCUUUUCUUGAAAAUCCCAAUUUUUUUCUUGUUUCUGUGUGUUUUCACUGUAUAAAUUCCAACCCCAUGUGAUACAUGUGCACAUAGUUAUUAGUACUAUUCAUAUUCUUUGUGUUUUGAUUUGUUUUUCAUUUUCAAGAUUCAACUCAUGGAGAAUUUUUUGCCUUCUUUUGUGUAUGUAAUUUGUUUGUCAUUGUUGUUUCUUGGUACUACUUGUUAUUCUACUAAUGUAGAACAAGAAAGGGAUAGAAUUAUUUCUUUGCCUGGACAACCUGAAAAUGUACAAUUCAGUCAGUACUCAGGUUAUGUUACUGUAAAUCAACAAGCUGGAAGGGCACUUUUUUAUUGGUUGAUUGAAUCACCAAGAACUCGAAACCCCGAAAAAAGGCCACUUUUACUGUGGCUAAAUGGUGGACCAGGUUGUUCUUCAGUAGCUUAUGGAGCUGCUGAAGAAAUCGGUCCGUUUCAUAUUAAUGCUGAUGGGAAGACACUUUAUAUGAAUCCGUAUUCGUGGAACAAAUUGGCGAAUUUGCUGUUUCUUGAAUCACCAGCUGGAGUUGGAUUUUCGUAUACGAAUACUUCCUCGGAUUUGUAUAAUGCUGGUGAUCAGAGAACAGCUGAAGAUACCUACCAGUUUCUUGUCAAGUGGUUUGAAAGGUUUCCUCAGUACAAGCAUAGAGAAUUUUACAUUGCGGGAGAAAGUUAUGCAGGGCACUAUGUUCCACAGCUAUCUCAACUUCUCUACCAGAGGAACAAGGGAAUCAAGAACCCAAUUAUUAAUUUCAAGGGCUUUAUGGUGGGGAAUGCUGUUACUGACGAUUACCAUGACUAUGUUGGCACGUUCGAGUACUGGUGGACCCAUGGCUUGAUUUCGGAUUCUACAUACAAGCUUCUCCAGAUAACAUGUAACAAGGGAUCUUCUGAACAUCCUUCCACUGAUUGUACAAAAGCUCUUCUUCUUGCAGAACAAGAGACCGGAAAUAUUGACCCAUAUAGCAUAUAUACUCGUCCUUGUGCCAGUACUUCAGCACUUCGACGCAACCUAAGGGGUCAUUAUCCAUGGAUGUCCAGAGCAUAUGAUCCAUGUACCGAGAGGUACUCUGAAGUUUAUUUUAAUCUUCCAGAGGUACAAAAGGCAUUCCAUGCUAAUGUAACUAAGCUUACCUAUCCAUGGAAAACAUGCAGUGAUAUUGUGGGAAACUAUUGGGCCGAUUCUCCUCUUUCAAUGCUUCCCAUCUAUCAAGAACUAAUAGCUGGCGGUGUCAGGAUAUGGGUAUUCAGUGGGGAUACUGAUUCGGUUGUUCCUGUAACCGCAACUCGAUAUUCUAUAGAUGCAUUGAAGCUUCCAACAAUCACCAACUGGUACCCUUGGUAUGACAACAAAAAGGUUGGAGGAUGGAGCCAAGUAUACAAAGGGUUGACCCUUGUAACUGUAACAGGAGCGGGGCACGAGGUGCCACUUCAUCGCCCUCGCCAGGCUUUCAUUCUAUUGAGAUCCUUUUUGGAGAACAAGUCCAUGCCAAGAAGUGAAAAUCUGUAGAAAUUCUUCAAUUAAUCGUGUUGUCAAAGGAUUAGGGAUAUCGAUAUAAUUGCUCAUUCUUUCCCCUCGGCUGGCAUCUUCUGCUUGGACUUGGAAAUCGUGAAGUAGAGACCGCGGGGAGAUUCAAGAUUUUUAUACCUCAAUAAUGUGGCUACAAUAGAAAUUUCCAUUCAGAAAUCAGUUUGAAUUCAUUGUGUAGAUAAGAACGUUCCAUGUAAAUGGAGUUUCCAUUUGAAAGACAUUCUUAUAUAUUUGAAAGACAUUCUUAUAGGGAAAUCCUACUUGUUUGUUGCUAAUUUUUGGAGACAAAUUUGACUCCAUGCAACUUUAGCUUUAAAAAGAUCAGUCUGAAGGGAGUUAGCUAGUCUGAGUGGGGUUGAUGCAAGUGCAUUCUUUAUGAGUAUUGUACCUUCUGCUGCCAAAUUCCUUUUCUAAGAAAGUCCAGAGUAACGUGUUGGUUCUGUGUUAUCUUA